AUGUCUCCGCCUUAUUUAAAGGCAGAGCCUCCAUCGUCAGACGACGGCAUUUCUGAAUCUCGCAAACGGCCAUCCACAAGCUUUCAAUCUCAGGAGGACCGAGAUCAACGCAGAAGCAGUCGACCCCGCUUAUCUUCACCCUCUUCGAAGUUUCAAUCGCAACUGGAGCGCCUUCAAUCUAAGGUUGAGAAUCUUACUGAAAACGUUCGGGAGUGCAGUCAGCAAGCAGAAGAGUUUGAAGCCGCUAGAAUUGUUAUCGAAGGCAAAUUGACGGAGGAUCGGGUCAAAUCAACUAAAUUCUCUGACCAAAAGGUUCAGCGCGAGGUUCGUAAGGAGGUAAUCCCACAGAUCAACGCUCUCGCUGAUCAAGUCACAGUUAUCAAGCGUGAUUUGGACAGGGAGAUUGCUUUGUCUAGUCGGCUCGAGGAACAGGUCCAUAGAAUUGAAAGUGAGAUGUCACGAGAACAUGUACAUCCAGAGUUGUCCACCAAGCAAAUGGCAGAACUACACCAGUACAUCAAAGAGGAGGUGAUGAGGUCGAAAAAGGAUAAAACUUCACCCCCUGAGCACUCUGCCCAGCUCCUUAAGGAUGUCCUUAUGGAGGUGCUCCCACACAUCAACGGUCUCGCCGAUCAACUGGAGGAACAGGUCCAUAAACUCGACAAUGAGCUGUCACGAGAACAUGCACAUCCAGAGUUCUCCACAAAGCAAAUGGCAGAGCUACACCAGUAUAUCAAAGAGGAGGUGAUGAGGUCAAAGGAGGGUAAAACUUCGCCCCUUGAGGACUCCAGCGCGCGAGCGUCUGAGAAAGGCUACGUACUAGAUGAGGGUAAGGCUGCCGAAAUCAGAGGCGCACUUCGAAAUCUUCAAGUUACCCUUGAGAAGAUGCUCGAGCAUAUGUUUCUCUCAAAGGAAGGGCCACAAGGCGUCGAUCAAUGA